AUGGAUCAUGAAACACAUAGUGCAGCUACAGCAAGCACUUUCGACGGCACUUAUCUUUCUUACGUGCACGCAUAUUUCCGUCAUGUUCAUCGAGCAUAUCCCUUCCUUGACAGGCAGGAGAUACUGAGUAACGCAAAAGCGUCUACAUACCUGAACAUAUGGUCAGACAAUCCAGACUCUAUUAUUCUGGGUCUCGUCUUAUCUAUCGGAAGCACGACUCUGGAGCGUGCUGGCAAGCUCAGUGUUUAUAAUCGACCAAACAUGGUUGUGCCUUACACACGUAUUCUGAGUCGAUGUCUGUCAUCUCCGGGCCUGAAAGGCCUCCAGAUACUGCCUUUACUAUCCUUGUAUUCUCUCUUUGACCCGAAAGGCAUCUCUACCUGGUCCAUGGUUGGAAUCCUUACCCGACAGGCGGUCAUGCUCGGCUUGUCGCGAACAACUGGCUUACCCAGGGCUCUAAACCCUCCCGAAGCAGAGCUGAGUAAUCGUUUGUUCUGGAGCAUUUUCGUUCUCGAUCGUAUGCUGGCAGUAUCAGUUGGCCACUCUGUAGGACUCGUGGACGAGGGAAUGGAUAUCCCUCAACCCGCAAUGACUGUAGAGGAGUUCACAUCGUCCGAAAGGACCGCAAACGCAUCAUUAUUGCAGCUGAAUCGACACAUCAUCCAGCUUCGACAGCUCGAGCAUCAAAUUCUUGACUCACUCCACAAAAGAGGUCAGGUAAAUAUCGAGAGUAUGACUAGCGUAAAUCGUGCCACCGUCUUGGGACAGCUGCGUUCAGCUAUCGAUGACUGGUAUAGCACAGGCUGCCUUGUGUGCCUACCAGAGGCGGAUAAUAUACCUAUCCACAGUACGAUAACGUGGCUCAAUGCCCGAUACUACAACCUGCUCAUCCUAUUGUACUAUCCGUGUCACUUCAACAAUCAGGCUAAGCACAUCUCAUCCAUAGAGCUCGUUGGGUGCAUCCGAAAGUACUUCAAGUACAAUUACAUCCUUCUCGAGAACAGACAGUUACCACUCAACUACAUCACGUUAAACAGGCUGAUACCCGCCUGCCUCGCGCUGAUGCACUGCUUCGGUGUCAUACAACCACGUCACUUCAGUGCCAAAUUGGAGCUGAGCAGUUGUAUUGACAUUCUGCGUGCAUUUCCGGAAGAUUGGCUGCCAGCGCAUCAGGCCAAGCAAGUUGUCAUUGAGUUUCUGGGCAUUGUGAUGGCCCAUGAAGCUUACGCUGCAGCACAGCUCUUUGACUGUUCCGAAGCGAAUACGAUUCCACUUACCUCAACGACGAACCUAAGUUUUCAAAAAAUUCUGACUGACAUGCUCGGCAUUGCUAAAAGCGCAUUUGGACCGAUUAGUUGCUAUCUUUCGAUUUCUAGUUUAAGUGACUCUGGUCACAUAUCUGCACCACCACUAGGCGCCUCGAUUACGGAUUUGGAGAAAGGGAAUGAGCAGCUGAGCACAUGGGAUCCAGCAAAUUGUUACGAUUUUGGGUUUCUGUAA